AUGUCGGCGGCGAACUUUGAGAAACAGCUCACAAAUAGCGGGACGAGCGAUAUGGAGAAAGAGGUCGGCGUCCAGGAAGAAUUAGCUGCCAGCGUGUCCAAUGAGGACUUCGAUUUGUUUUCAUAUCACGAACACAAUGCUGGCCGCCUCGUCAUUGACCCCAAAGAAGCAAGAGUUGAGUUUGGCGAGGAUGUAGCGAGGAGACUCAAGCUCUCUAGUGACGGCACCAAAGUUCUCUGGCCACAGCCUCGAGAUGAUCCAGAGGACCCCCAGAAUUGGUCGGACAGACGAAAGAAUUUCCAGCUGUUUAUCAUGACGAUUGCAGCUAUAGUUCCAGAUUUUGAUUCUGGCAUCGGUAUUGCCUCAAUUUUUGCUCUCGCCAAUCAGUAUGACACUACGUCUGGGGUUAUCAACGAUGUAACAUCUAAGUCCGUCAUCUUAACACCGUUGUCUGUGGGGUUUCCAAUGACGCUGACUGCUUUUCUGUAA